AGGUGACGGGGCGGUUUGGAUGGCGGGAGCGGAGCGGGGUUAGUGACAGGUGCAGGCUUGUUUGAUUAUCACGUAGAGUUUUAUCGUGUGUCGUGCUAUAGAAGAAAUGUUUAGCAGAUGAGAAUGGAGGAUUAUGAGGAGUUUUGCAAUAGACAUUUAGCCAGGAUUCAGACUGAGAUGGUGGAAAAUAAAUCGUUUGAGUCAGUGUGGCCAAAGAACAAUUCUGUUAUCCACUUCCAUGGGAUUGCUGCACUCUGUCCUCUGAUGAAUAGUGAAAGGAAGCUGGAGAUGCAGCAGUACAGACAAAAAGCUGUGGAAUUGGAGCUCAAGCGGCAGAAAGCGAGAAAAAGUGCCUUACUAACUCGUGUACAAGAAAUUAUAGAAAAUGUACAGGUGUGUCACAUGCCAAGUACCACUGAAUGCAUCACAGAUCCUGGAAGUCAAUCGCCAACAAAAAUUGAUCCAACAAAUGGCUUCAGCACAAUUCAGCAUACUGACCGGUCUUCAAGCUAUUCUGACAAAUGUGCAGAUACCACUGUGUCAACAGCAGCAUCAUUGAAAUUAAUGGAAGAAAACACCGCCAGAAAUUCUGAGAAGUGCACUUAUUAUUCCCAGCUGAGUGACCUUCCUAAAUUGACGUUUAAUAACCAAUCCAAUAACACAUUCUCAGUAUGCACAAGUCCUAAGAAAGAGGAAUCAAAAACUGAUGUCAUGUUAUCUACAAAGGAAUCUCCUGAUCAUUAUGCAAUGAGUCUUCAGAACCUGUUAAAAAAGUCAAGAGAAUAUGUAGAGAGAGAACAAAAUCGACGAAGUGGGAAAAAUAUUUCCAAGGAAAGUACAAAUGAAAGUCAUUCCGAUAAAGAAAAUGAAGGUGUUAAAAUCAGUGACUGGGAAAAAGAAAGAAACAAAGUGUCUACCAAAACUUUGAGUCCCAGUCUUGUGACAAGCAGUGCAAGGUCAUGUUCACAGUCACAGAAUGCCUCUGCCUCUGCAACAAAUGAAAGCUGUGAAUUAUAUGAUAAAACAGCAGUUAGUACAUCAGUUUCAGUUUUAAGUAAUUCAUCAAAAGUAGAUUUUGCAGAAAAGUCAACAAAAGGCUUAUCGAGAGAAUCUGAUUCAGAUGAGGAUUGGAUAAACUGCUCAACAAGUGAACGUGACAGGAGCUUGCUUAAAAGCUUAAUGGGGUCUUAUGCGAAACUGCCCAACCCCGAACCAAGUCGCAGUCCGAAAAUGCACCAAAGACGUCCCAGGACAUCAACCAAUAUUGUUAUUAAUAAUCCAGUAAAUGCUUAUGAGCUAAGUCCGAAAGAAAAAUUUAAAGGAUUAUCUGGGAUACCUCUAGGUAAAAUAAAUAUUAAUCUUGAUGCAAAGAGAGCAGUUGUGAAUGAAGCUUUACUAGCUGUCAAUCAAGAAGAAACAGAACAAAAUGCUGGGAAACGACAGGAUUUUCCAACAUGCUUGGGAAGUGUUGAUGAGAUGCUGAGAAAAGGAUGCUUACCCUUAUGUGCUAAACCUUCUGGAGUAUCAGAAACAAAAAUGAUUGAAGGUGUAGAUGAUAAUGCUGUUCAGGCACCAUUGAGCAGCUUAAUUCAGAAAGAUCAUGAUUUGGAAAGGACAUCUCCAUUACUUGUGAAUAAACAGGAAAUUAUUGAGUCCUCAGAACCCCAGAUUGAACUGAAUCUCAGUGGCCAAAAGAAUACCAGCUUGAUGGAAAAAGCUAAACAAGGUUCACCCAUUGAACUUAACAAAUCCUAUGAUGUCAAGCAUCCAUCUCCAGUGCUGUUGCAAAACCAAGUGACAAAACAACAAAUGGACCUCUCAGCUAUGUCUUCAGGCAAUGAAAAGAGUCUACAAAGUAGCAUAGAAGCUAAAGCCAAACGUAAAUUAGUGAUGGGUACUUCAAGUGUCAAAGAAACAGUUCAGGAGAUGUCCAGGUGGAUUCGAGAGGAGAGACAUCAGAGAGUUUCUAUUAGCAGGAGUGAAACUGAAGUGCCUCCAAAUAACCAGAGUAAUGCUUUAGAUGGAGAGCUUAUAGCAAAACAGAUGAUGACAUUUGUAGAAAUGCGGAAGCAAUUGGAGGAACAACACACCUUACAAUUGUCUAUGCUGAUUGCUGAACAGGAAAAGGAGCAACAGAAACUGCGAAGGGAAAUAGAGGAACAGGAAAGACGAUUUAGAGAGCAAAUGAAUUUUGUGUUGGAAUCAACAGAAAAUCGCAUCAGUAAAGAAAUGUCAUUAGAUUGGAGGAGAUUAAAUGAAAACUACUCGAUUUCAUCUCUAAUCACUCAAGUGGAUGGUCAUCAACUCAGUAAUUCUUCUAACAUUGCCUUUACCAGUAAUUCAACAAAUGCUGAAUCCUCUUUGAGUCAAUGGGGAACUGGGAAUGAUGAAAUGCAUGAGAUGCAGAUUUCAUGUUUCCUUAAACAACGGAAUAGACGGUCCCAGGUGAAUACAUCAGACAUCCAGAAGAAAUUUAAUAAAGUUACAGCUGUGGCAAAAGGAUUCCUUACUCGUAGACUGAUGAAAACAGAGAAAUUGAAACAACUUCAACAAACUGUAAAAGAUACCUUGGAAUUUAUCAAUAAUUUUCAGAUAGAAACCCCUCUCAAAAGAGGUGCUGUGUCAUCGCAAGAUCUUUCAUUGCACGAAAGAGUUGUUACACAGUUACGAGCUGCCCUUUAUGAGAUUCACGACAUCUUCUUUGUAUUUAAUCCUGAAGAUAGAAUGCAAAUUCUGAGCCAUGAUCGGGAAAUUCGCAAAGAAAAACAGCUGAGACAAAUGGAAAAAUGGAAGAGCCCUAAAGAAAGAGGAGCUCUUUCGAUUGCGACACAGAAAUCUUUAGACAGAAAAAGGCAGAUUAAGGCUGCUGAAAUAGGAAUAACCAGUAAACAGAAGUCCCAUGUGAAACAAAAGGCUUCCUCUGCAACCAGAAUUCUUCAACCAAGCCAGGGGCAGAAUGCUCCAGCCCAAAGACUACUUCACAGACAAGGAUUCUCAUUGAAUUCAAAUUCCACCAUCUGCCACCAUGGGAUUCAAACCUGGGUCCCCAGAACAUUGGGCGAAAGUGAGGACUGCAGAUGCUGGAGAUCAGAGUCAGGAGUGUGGUGCUGGAAAAACACAGCAGGAGCAUGCCCAGGAAGAGUGCUGAAAACAAAAUCAAGCAUUACGACACUCUGAGGAAGCAGCAUUCAAUAGGAUGAACAAUGCUACACAGCUGCUUCACCUUUAUGAAUUGAACAGCCUUUUCAAUUGUUAUCAGCCAUUUAAUUUAAUGGAAGAAAUUUUAAGUGUUAAAAUUGCUUAUGUCUUGUUCAAUUAUGAUUAACAACUCUAAAACUUACAAAGUGGAAAAAUAUAUUGAGAAACUUAUCAAAGUAAGAUUGCUAAAAGCUGAGUAAUCUAGUUUUAUUUUCUUCUUGCACUGAUUUAUAAAGUCUUUAUGUACUUGAGAAGGCACUGUUAUUUAAAAAAAACUCAAGUAACAGUUCAUAUCUGACAUAUAUUUCACAUUCUGUACUGUUGACUGUCUUGCAAAAUGAUUCUCAAUUCUCGACUCAAGUGUGUAAAACUCUGCUUUUACAGAGGCACUAUGUAUGUUUUCCCUCAUGGAACAUAUUAGUAUAUUUAAAUCUUACUAGUAAUAUGU